AUGCCAUCAGACAAUUCAAAUUCUUUACUUCCUCGUUCGGAUUCUCGAAAUCCUGCAACAACAUGUAGAGGGUUCACAGCACAAGGCCGGCCUUGCCGCCGCGCCUUGGCGUCCCCUCAACCAUCACCUGCUUCUACUCCUCGAAAAAAGGAUUCUCGACAGGAAGCUAUAGAUAGUGCCUCUCUGUACUGCUGGCAGCACAAAGAUCAAUAUGUCCCGAAUCUCCCUACGAAACCAUCCACAGGUGCCACCUCAAACAAUCCGAGGACGAGUAUUGAUACUUUAAUGGAUCGCCUGGGUGUGCUCGAAUUAAACGACGACCCAGGUUCGCAGCCGAAACCUAACCAGAGGCGACGAACUUACCAGAACGGAUUUUACCAAAAACGUCCGAAGAAAAAGAGCACAUUUUGCUGUUUCACCAUUUAUGAGGACAGCGAUGAUGAAAAGCCCGUGCCGGCCCAAAGGCCCACAUCGAAUGGCCCACCGAACGGCAUGUCUUCCCAAAGGCCAAAUGGAAAAGUUUCAGUGCCUUCUUCGGCCGGUAAUCCGUCAAAUGGUCGCAUUCCAUCGACUCAAGCAGCUCAAUCAUCGAGGCCUGGCAAGUCCCAGGCUUCAUGGCUUCCGUCCACGCUUCCUCCACAAAUAGCCUCCACCCUCGGCGCAGAGUUGGACAAACCCAUAUCUGAAGCAGACGAAGCGGGUUAUAUUUAUAUGUUCUGGGUGACGCCCCCGACCACCACCACAACUCGAGGAAUCGAUGCUUCAACAACAAGGGACAUCGCUUCCUCGCUGCUGCCCCAAACACCAGAGGCCAGCAGAAGUCUCCGCCCACCACCCCAAUCCCGCAGCAUUAGCGAAGCAAUUCGCGCGGCACAGGAUAUGAAUGCAUUAACCUCGAAUCCAACCUCCACCAAGCCUGGAACCCUUCGGCUUAAGAUCGGGCGCACGAGCAACAUCCACCGCCGAAUGGCCGAAUGGACUCGUCAAUGCUCCUAUGACCUCACCCUCAUUCGUUAUUAUCCUUAUAUGCAUGCGGACUCUUCCUCAUCGUCGCCUGCAAGGGUGCCGCUUUCUCAUGGAAAGAGUCAGUCCCUUGCUGGCAUGGUACCGGGCCGGAAGGUUCCGCAUGUGCAUCGGGUCGAGCGACUCAUUCAUCUUGAGUUGGCAGCUUUGCGCGUCACUGAUUUAGGACAAUGUCCAGAGUGUGGAAAAGAGCAUCGGGAGUGGUUUGAAGUUGAAGCUGCGAAGGAGUCAUUGCGUAGUGUUGAUGAAUGUAUUCGACGUUGGAUCUCUUGGGCGGAGUCGCAUUGA